CUGCGCUGAACUUUGUGUAAUAUGCCCUAUUAUUAUCUAUUCUCUAAGGUGUAAAUAGUCUUUAUAUUCCUUCCAAUUGUCAAGAGUGACAUUGACAUAACAUUUUGAUGUUGACAUAUUUUAUUUCUACAAUUUUUUGCAAGAAUUGGGAUUUGUUGGAUUGGAAGUGAGGAUAUUUUUUAUAUGUUUGUAAAUACUCUAGCAAGUAAAAAUUAUGUGAUGUCGUAAUGCAAUUGUUUAGUUCUCCUUCUUCUUAUAUAUGGGGACUAUAAGUAUGGAUUCUCUGUCUAUGAAUCAUUACGAAAAACAGCUAUAUUCUGUGUUCAAGACUUUCGACGUUGAUGACGAAGAAGCUUUGAACAGGUCAGCUGUUGUUCAGUUGUGUGACGCAUUACAGCUGGAGGACCGCGGUGCCGCGCUCGUCGAUUCUCUGUUCGAGCGACGUACAGACCGGGUCACCUUCACACAGUUUCGAAACGGUCUGCUGUCUGUGCUCGGUGGCGGGGACUCUUCUACGGUCUCCAAAGACGCCAUCGGAUCGCCAACUCCUACUGCAUCCACUACUGUAUCUUUGACAGCAGCUUCUACCCCUAUUGCUGGCCUAUCACAAAGUGACGAAGAUUCUUCUGGACGUGAAGUGGCGCCGAGAAUAGUUUUUGGAUCAAAAAAAUACGGCCGCCGUUCAAGACCACAAAGAUCACCUACAGUUUCAGAUGAAUGCCCUAGUCCUCGAGCUGCCUCAGUUUCCCGAAUUGACACUGAAGAUAAGCGAAUUCGAAAUUCUCAGCGGAUGAAGUACCGUCGCAGCACUUCUGCUAUGGAUAAUCGCGAGCGACUUUCUUCGGGUGACAAUGGAACUACUUCAGCUAGUUUUGACCAUAACAAACAUAUCAAUUAUGAGCAGGCAUUAUCCCUUUGUAGUGAGCUGAAAAUGAACAGUAUAGAUCCUAGACUUAUAGAGAAUAUAUUUGAAGAAAGUCAUAGUAAAGAGCAAAUAACUGUUGGUGAGUUUUUUGACAGACUAAAUGCAUCAUUAUCUUCUUCAAUAGAAGUGGCACAGAAUGACACCAAUUUGACAGAUCAUGAAAAUCUUGAUGCUAGUGAUGAUGAGUUAGUUGGCAUAUCCAGUGAUUGCAUUAUAAGCUGUUGGGAGAGAGCUGGCAUGCCACAUCCACGACAGCUUUUAAUCGAACUAGGUUUCACAGGUCCUCGCAUCAAAGGUCCAGAUUUGGAGAGGGCUCUUGAGGAUGAAUUACGAGCCUGCACUGACCCACAAGAUGAUCAUCUCCACGCUAGAACUCUCUUCUUAACUGCAGCCCUCGAACUCGAGAAGUUGAGGUUGCGACAUGUUAAGCGUCGCACUGAACUCACUAUAGCUGAGCGAGACAAAUUGCGGUGUGACGUCGCCGAGGCUAACCGACGCGCUAGUGUCCUCGCACACGAUAAUGAUGAAACUCAUGCGCGGAUGGAGGCAGAGCUUACGGCGAACAUGCGACGUGCAGAAGCCAGACUGGCGGAGGUGACGCGCCAGGCGACCGCGGACAGAGUUGCUGAACGCGAGCGAGACGCCAUGGCACGCGCGAGGCUAGAAACUGAACUAGCUCAUCGCACAGAGUACGAGACGCGAUUACGAGAAGAGGUUGAAGCCCAAGUGACACGUAUUGCAGAUUUAGAAGCAAGAGCUGCAGCGUCUGAGGCGCGAGCUGUGGCCGCUGAACGAGCAGUGGCGCGACUGACAGAAGAGAUCGCUGUUGCGACUGUGGUGGCCGAGCAGGCGUCCCGUGUCAUGGAGAACGCAGGAGCGGAUGAGCGCGCGCAACAAUUGGCUGAGCUUCGCACUGAGAACCAACAUCUACGCGACCGUAACGACGAACUCUGUUGCGAGUUAGAGGCCCGCGCGCGCGCUGUAUCUUCUACUUUGCCGACAAUUGGUCCAGGGGACUUGUCUGCAGAGUUGAGCGAGCUAUUACACCAUGCUGAGCAGGAGUGCGAUUCGUCGCCGGCCAGCUUGGAGCCGCGAGCACUGAGCUACUCCGAGGCGGCGCGACGGCUUCGCGAACUGCUUCGAACUGGAGACUCAUUACCCACCUGGCAGGAUAAGAUCCUAGAGAUCAGUAACGCGCUGAUGCUUAUGGAGCAAUCUAAUAUCAGUGUAGAAGCGAGUGUGCAGACUGAGAAACAAAUUACGAGCGACGAACAGGCUUUAUCAAGUGACAUACACACCACAUCUAGUGGUGGGCAGUCGGAAAAUGUACAGAAAACAUUAAAAGAGGGACAGAAAGCAUUGAGUGACGGGACAACAACAAGAAGUGAUGGUACAUCUGCAAUAAGUGAUGGACAAGUACCAAUGUGUGAUGGGCAGUGUCCCAUAUCAGUGCAAUUAAGAGAAAAAUUGACAGAAGUUCAAGCCAAACAUGUUGAAGAGAAAGAAAAGUUAACUAACCUUGUGAAGGAGUUGGAGAUGAGUCUUGAGCAGUUGAAGGAGGAGUAUGACCGCUGUGAAGAGUACUGGAGCGGGAAGCUUUCGGAGGAGAGAGAGUUGUUGUCGGAGGAGCAGAGGCUAGGGGACGAGCGGUUGGCCGAGUUGACCGCUAAGAUAGGCGAGUACGAACGUCAGUUCGCGCGUAACCAAUCACUGCCUACUAUACAGGAGGUGGGGCUUGAGUCUCAAGUGACGGAGCUGGAGGAGGAGUUCGCAGCGUACCGACGCCUGAAGGAGCGCGAGCUCGACGAGCGCGACCGCCGCAUCGAGCGCCUCGCCGCGCGGCUGCCAGUAGAUAGUAUGGCAGCCGAGCGUUCGUCGUGGUGUGCGGCCCUAGCGCGGCUGGCGGCGGCGCGACGCAGCGCGGCGCGGGAGACGGCCGCGCUGCGCGCGCGCGCCGCGUCGGCCGAGGCGAGCGCGCGCCGCCUGCAGCAGCGCCUGGCCGCCGCCGACUUGCUGGUCAAGGACCUCUACGUCGAGAACUGCCAGCUGGCACACCGCAGGCCGCUCUGACUAUCGGGUAAAAUAUACACCUUCGACUUAGUAACGGUGAAUUUUCGAGCAUUUCAUUAUAGCGUGGUUGAACAAUCAAUAAUCUGUCUAACAUUUUGACUGGCGUCAUUAACGUCCUUCAAAAUAAAGAACCUUUCUGGAAUCUUAAAAAUUAAAUAUUGAUACAAUUUUACACUGGUAGUGUACAGUACAACAACACAGAUUGUUAUACAUAAAUUGGACUAAUAAAAAUAUUGUGUUUGUUGACAUUUGAAGGAGGAUAAUGGCGGUGAUCGAAAUGUUCAAAAAUUCACCCAGUAUCGUAAGAGCAGUGGCGGCGCUAGACCACAUAGACGUCGGCGACUUCAAGUUUGUGAGGCCUCUUUUACUUUGCAGUAAAAACUGUUCAGUAACUGCUUACUUAUUGUAAGCCAAAUCAUAAAAUAAUAUACAGUCAACAGCACAUCAAACUUCCCAAAUUGAUUGCAAACUCGUCGCUAUCACCGCGCCAUAGAGGUCCGUGGGGUGUGGCGAAGUCGCCGAUGCUUAGCGCCACCAAUAAAAAAAACUAAAUUUAAAUAAUGAAAUGAAAAAUUCAGGACUCUAUCGGAAAUAGAACCUACGCCCCUGCCUAUGACAGUGCUGAACUAUCGAGACCAUGCCGUUACAGCCGAAUUGCAAAUAUAAGAAGAAAUCUCAUGAAAAAUUUGACAAAAACUCGGGUAAUCAAUUAAUAUUAGUUGUUAUUUCAUAAAUAUUUUUAAUAUGUAUUGAAAAAUGUUGAUUUUUAUAGAAACACAGCACUACAUAUUUUUACUCGAAAUAUUACGGCACUAUUCUUUUAAUUAACUUUUCACGUCACACUUGUCCACUUCAAGUGUGUUGGAAAUAGUCUUAAUACGUACGUAAAAAUGAUAACCGCGCUCCGCUUUACACAAAAACAGCGUCUUACGUAAUGUUCAACAUUUGCAUGCUUGUGUCAUAAAGAGCUACAAAAAUCGAUGUUUUUAGUGAAUUUAAGUUAAUCAUGUAAUAGGUUUUGAAAUAACUAGGUAGCUGAAAAGAUUGUUAAUGUAUAUUUCAAUAAAAAUAAUUGUAAAAUUUUUACACCAUUUGAAAGUCAGACACGGGUUUAUAUCCUAUUCCUACAAUACACAUACAAUAGUAAUUAUAGACGUAAUCAAUGGUUACGAACAUAAAUUCAGAAAUUCCCUGAAAUAAAAGUGACUGAACUUUUGAUUGUUUACAUUCCAUAUUUAGUACAUAAUAAUGGCAAUGUAAUAUUUUUUGUGAGAAACUAUAGGUUUUAAAACUUUAUAAUCAAGUGCCUUCAUGUUAAAAAAACAGUUGUAAUCUUUUUGCCGCAAACUAAUACAUAUAAAAAUAAAAUAUUACUUUAACUAGCUGUCUGUAUAAUUUUCUUUGAGAGUACUAUUUGUCAAUAUUGUAAAUACAUAUUUGUUAUUUAGAUGCACAGGAAUUGAUUUUCUAGUAAUUAUAAAAAUAAGACUGCUUAUUAAAUUAACAUUUUAAAAAUCUGCUGACCCAAAUUUUAAGGCAUCCACUCAACUCUUAGAAAAGAACUCGGUUUCCAAUGCCUGAACACACAUUUUCCAAACAUAGCUUUUAUAUUUAAAAAAACUAGAUCAAAAUUGGCUACAGCUACGAUGCCACAUACAGACAUACAGAUACGAUACACAGACACGAUAAAAAAACGAUCAUAUUGUGCCUUUACCCGUGUAACGUCAUAUUAUGUUCACAGAAUUAUAAGUGAAGGUAGUCCGAAGAACCACUAGCGUUCCAAAGCAAUAACCGAAUUAAUCCACACGGCCGAUGCAGCCGAGAGCCACAAUUGACAUUGUUGCAAAUAUAUACAUAAGUGAAAUUAUUUGCAACCGAAAACAGCCAUGUUUUUUAUGUAAAUGGUUGCUUUUGUAAUAUGAUCGACGUCACAUGUCGACGCCUCUGUACAUCGAAAAUGGAAAUAGAUAAUAUACCUGAGUAGUGCUUUCUUGUAUAUAGAUAGAAUGUACAGAGCAACGCUUUGACAGGAACUAAAUUAAGUGUUUAGUUUUAAAAAAUGUAAAGAUCUAACUAGUAAGUAUUAAGUCAAUAUAAAGCCAUUAUGAAAUGAAUAUGUUAUUGUUAGAUUUAUAUCUUAGAUUUAAUUCACUAUUUUCCUUUAAUGGUAAGUACUCUGUUGUCAUAAAUAUAAUACACGUGUGUCAAUGUAUUUAGGAUGACAUUGCAUAUUCGUUUCAGAAUGGGCACUGCUUUACGAAGUAUGACUUUACUAAAGUCAUGAGUCCUGCCAGCUACACACGCUCAAUUUGUGUAACAUGGUUAUGUAAUGGUACAGCAUAGCUUAUGUAAAAUACAUUGUUUUCAAACAAAAUGACUGAAUUCGUAUUUGAUUGUAUAAAAUGCAAUAUAUAAAGAUAAUGCAACACAUUUUAUAACAGUAUUUGGACAUAAUACAUUUUAUUUAUAUGUUUAUCGCUACAAUAUUACAUUUGUUUUCAGCCCUCUAUGUAUGGCUAAUAUUGCGGUCAAUCAACGUACCGUCCGAUUCGUGUUUUGUAGUUCAAUUGUUUUUACAUGAGCUGUGACUAAUGACUUAAAUUCGUCUUACACUUCUAUCGCACCGCUCGGCAGAUAGCAGAUAGCGUUCUUUGAAAAAUGAGCUUUAAAGCAACCUCUAAAGAUAUAUUUCAUAUUGACAACAAAUUAGCGAACUGCUCGCUGUCAGCGACAUGGUAACGUAAAUCAACGGAUGUCUGCAGGGGAGACUUUAUAGCACACUUUUCAAUUAACGUCAUCUUGCCGGAUGGCUGCGGUUGAUGUAGCUAUAUAACCUUCCUAUACAUAUUAUAUUACAUAUUCACUUUAUAGCAAGCAGUGAAACAGGCCCAUAAUUUUAUAUUAAAUCAAGUUGAUCGAUGAUAUCUCUAUACCACAGCUCCCUGUGUGUAGCUCGCCUUAUUAAAAGACGGACAUAAAUGUCGCAAUUUAUUAGAUUUAAGUAUUUAGCGUAUAUGUCGGUACCCCAAGUGCCUAGUCUUUAUAUGUAAAAACCUCGACAUGUUAUUUAUCGUUAAAAUUAUUCGGUUCAUAUCCCUAUAUAUACUUAGGUAUUGAAUCCUGUGUGAUUAUUAUUUGUUGUUGAGUAUUCGUGUGAUUCCAUACCCCGUGAGUUCUUUUACAUUUUUAUCGAAAUGUUAUAUAGAGCCUUUUGUUUUAAUAUAUCUCUUCUAAUAUGAAAUUUAAAACGUUAUUUAUAGUAAUAUCUUUGUUAUGUGUAGAUAACUGCAGUAAAGUGGCCUCCAUCUUUCUUCCCAUUAUUCCCAAAAACAUGAGAAUAACUAUAACAACUGUAUUGUUAAAUAGUAACACAAAUGGCAGAACAUAGUUUGCAAUCCAUAUAAUAAACAAUGCGCAUGCAAAAUAAACAAAUCGUGGCGCUAUAUAUGUAGAAAGUUGAGUUCUUUUUCGUUAUAAUUAAAAUGGCCCAUAAUUAUUUCUAAAUGAAUGAAAACACCUAUAUGAUGCAUUAAGGAUGAUUCGAUUUGACAAAAUAUGUAGAUUGAUGCAGGCUACCGUAGUGCAGUUGCCUGGAUUAAAAUGUAUAAAUGCAUUUACACACAUAAUGUUACAUUAUAUGAUUUACUAUUUUUAGUUCUCCCUAAAAUACACUUGUACGGUUUGACUCCAUGAUAAGUGACGCCACCUCUUCUCAAUUUGUCUCGACUGAGCGUAGCAUCCCUCAUUGUCAUAGGUCCCAACGAACCAUACAGGGUAUUUUUUUUACACUUCCCAUUAUUACGUGUCCAGAUAUGGAUUAUGAAACUGAGUCGGUAUCCAAAGAUGUUAAACUUUUUUUUGUCCACACGAUACAGCUGAUCAGAUGAUCGGACUUAGUGUAGAAAGGCGAACUGUUUCGUUCUUAUUUCACUUUUAAUUUCUUUUGAGCAUGGUGUAAAAAUCUGUGCAGUGUAUAAAAAAUAUCCUGUAUAGAGACUGAGCCACGAAAGGAGUGCCGCGGUAAUAUCCGAAACUCAAUAUAAGAGCGAUCACGUCGUUGUUGUCAGCGAGUGUGGCGCCUCAUCUGCGGGAAUUCUUUCGUGAUGCGUAUUCUAAUAUGGUUUUAGAUAACAUUUACCAGUAGUUUUGUUGAUUUUGUGUGGCUACGGUCCAUUUAAAAUGUACCAUGUACUACUGGGAUAUUUUGAUUUACACUGUAACUUAUUUGCUUGAAAAUAUGUCUAAAACCAUUGGUGUGUCAUUGAUUUUUAGUAAAACAAAAAGUUUGCUUAUUCUGAUAUUUCCAUCCCUCAACAUUUUUACGUGUUCAAAAAUUAGAUUAGUUUUAGGCGUUUUUAUCGGGUUUAAAGCUUUCAUACACAUUAUUAUUUAAGCUCUCAAAUUUUCUUUUGUUUUAUAUAGCUAAAGAUAAGUUUACCCACAUUGUAUUGUUGUGUAUAAUCUCACAAAGUCAUAGCUGAAAUAACUCCACUACUUCCGACAAAUUAACGUUCAUUGAAAAGUGAGCUUUAAAGCUUCCUCAAUAGACAUAAUUUACAUUGACAACUAUUUUGAUAACUAUUUUUUAUCAAUGUAAAGUACACUAACAGUGAACCAUAUAAAGUUCACAUUUCAAUGAACACAAUUUCGUCAGGCGCGAGCGGUGUCACUUCUGUUGACUUAACUCCAGAGAACGUUCAACUAGUCCCUGAGCUAGCAGUUUUGUUCCAAUUCUAUGUAACGCAAUCGACCUCAUAUUAAUUGGUUUUAAUUUUACUAAGAUAUUGUUUGUUAUGUAAAAAAACGUACGUAAUAUGUAUUCGCUUCACGCGGUCGAUUGUGAUUUUCUUACACUGGAUGGAUAGAUAUUGAAUACAUAAUAAUAAGAAUAAAUAGGAAAUUCCGGUCAUCUUUGAAAACAGCUAACAUGAGAUUUUAUGAGGAAACAAGCAUAUUGAAAAUGUCAAUUAUUUAUAUGGAAACUAAUAUUAUUUUACGUACAGAACAUUAUUACAUUCUUGAAAAAUAAUCAUGCAACACCCACAGAGGGAAUGCACAACCUAUGUUUCAAUGUAGAUCAUAUAGUCAAGGUCCAUCCAGUAGGCUUGUUGUGUCAGAAAUGGUGGUAUAAUAAAACGUACCUUGGGUAUGGAUCCUCGCAACAAAGACUUCUUUCUAUUGACGGCGCGCCCAGUGUGUCAUGUUAUGUGAUAAUAUUGAUUUAUUAUUAAAGUGUUGAAAUAAAA